AACCGACUAUAGAAACAUGAAGGCAACUUUUUGAAGGCAACAACACUUCCGAGUGUCGACUAGGAUGGAUUACGGCUGCUGGUUGCUGCAGCUCCUCCUGCUGCACACACUUUUGGUGAUGCGUCGCAUUCAGUGUCUACUUGUGACUGACAUCAAUGUGCCACAAAUUGUUGAUUUUCGUGAUAACGUGACAUUAUCCUGCAGCUAUGACAUAAGUGGUCACACGUUAAAUUCGGUUAAGUGGUACAAAAACAACAUGGAGUUUUUUAGAUACUCGCCGCUAAUGCAGCCCGUUUACAUGAAGUUUCCCGUGGAGGGCGUGCAGUUGAUCGAUGAUGGGAACGAAUGCAAUGAAUCCUCUUGUCGUGUCGAACUGAAUUUAUUGGGAAUCAAAUCGACGGGCGUCUACAGGUGCGAAGUGUCCGGCGAUGCGCCGCAUUUCAAGCUAACAGAGCGCGCGGCCAACAUGAGCGUGGAGGCUCUGCCGCAAAACAAUCCGCUCAUCAGCAGCUUCCACUCGAUGUAUCGUUUCGAUGACUUCGUGCAGGUGAACUGCAGCACAGACUUCUCCAGCCUGGUGACCAAGCUCACCUGGUACAUCAAUGGUGUGCAGGCCUCGUUUGUGGACCUGCAGCCAAGCAUAGAGACCACCAUAGCCGCACACGACUACAAUUUGCGGCGCAUAAUAUCGCAGUUGAACUUUUACGCGAACGAGCCCCGAUUCCAUCAGCAGCAAUUACAGCAGUUGUUACAGCAACAGCAGCAACACAAUCAGUUGCACCAACAACAACUGACCAAGCAACGACUGCGGAUGCUGACGCCGCAGCGUUUGGGGCUCGAGCUGCGGUGCGUGGCCGAGAUUGAAAGCUAUCCGCAGCUGCAGCGGGAGACGAGCCUGAAUGCGCUGCUCUUUCGCGAUGACAUUGAUUUGAAAAAUCAAAAGCUCAUCAAGUCGGUCCGGCCAUGUCAGGCCACAUUUGGCAGCAGCAGCAGCAGCAGCCGACUUAACAUUUUUACAACCGCACUUAAUGCACUCAACCGCAAUUGCAUUGACCGCAAAUGCGCAGCCGCAGGCGAGCGCCUCGCGCCCACGCUAAUUAAAAAUAAAUAA